AGAAGAAGAUCGCGAUGAUCCAUUGCGCUGCAUUACAAGGGGGAGUAGAAAAGAAGAUCGCGAGCGAUGCAAAGAAGGAUGAUGGUCGAGUGGUGAUCGAAGUUUUGCUACUGCUACGAGCAAGAUGGUGAGUGGUCGAGUUUCUUGCUGAAGGAUCUGGUUUUAGAAUUCUUUCGUGUUUCUUCCAGCGCUCGAUCGAGGUAGAAAGCUGCGAAAUGCUAAAGCUUUGGUCAAAUAAAAGAGGAGGGUUUGGUUUAAUUGGUUUAAAAACAAGUAUAUGAUUGGAGGAUCACGGGAGGAAUAGGGAGGAGAGAGCGAUGGCGGCGAAUCACGCGCCAUUGUCGCCGCUCAGCUUCCUCUAUAGAUCCGCGGCAGUGUUUGGGGACAGGACAUCGCUGAUUCACGGCGCCUCAUCCUUCACUUGGUCGCAGACUCUGGAUCGAUGCCGUCGUCUCGCGUCCGCAAUCUCUCUCCGGUUCGGCGUCAAUCCUGGCGCUGUGGUCUCCGUCGUGGCCCCCAACGUCGCCGCGAUCUAUGAGAUGCACUUCGGCGUUCCCAUGGCCGGGGCUAUCCUCAACACGAUCAACUUCCGGCUGGACGCGCGCACAAUCGCGCUGCUGCUGGAUCACGCCCAGAGCCGCGCGGUCUUUGUGGACUCGGAGUUCUUCCCUCUCGUCACGCAAGCUCUCCAGCUCCUGGCCGAAUCGUCCAAGCCUCUCCCCCAGCUCGUCCUAGUCAAAGAUAAGUCCUAUACUUCUCAAGCAGCUCACAGCUAUGGUGGAAUUCUAGAGUACGAGGAGUUGCUCGAGAAUUCCAGCCCGGAUUUUCCUCUCGUCCUUCCCGACGAUGAAGAACAGUCCAUCGCCUUGAACUACACGUCCGGUACCACUUCCAGGCCCAAGGGCGUUCUCUACACUCACCGUGGAGCGUAUCUCAACUCCAUAGCCAGCAUUCUCCUGUGGGAGGUGGGACCUUUUCCAGUCUACCUCUGGACGCUCCCAAUGUUUCACUGCAAUGGCUGGUGCUUUACGUGGGCGAUCGCGGCCCAGGGUGGAACCAACAUUUGUCUACGCAACGUCACUGCCAAAGCCACCUUUGAUGCCAUAGCCGAGAGCUCCGUCACUCACCUCUCUGGAGCUCCCACGGUCCUCAACAUGAUCGCCAGCUCCAUCCCCAGCGAGAGGAGAGAUCUUCCGGACAAGGUGGCGGUGAUCGUCGGGGGCGCUCCUCCGCCAGCGGCGAUCCUCUCGAGCAUGGAGGAGCUCGGCUUCGUCGUGACACACGCUUACGGCCUCACGGAGACUUACGGGCCGGCUUUAGUCUGCGCGUGGCGGCCUCACUGGAACUCUUUUCCUCUCGAGGAGCGAGCCAAGCUCAAGAGCCGGCAAGGCGUCGUCCACCUCGGGCUCCACCAGGCGGACGUCAAGGAUCCGGCAACCAUGGAGUCGGUUGCCCGAGAUGGCCGGACGCUGGGAGAAGUGAUGGUCCGCGGAAGCACUGUGAUGAAAGGCUACCACAGAGACGAUGAAGCGACGAGGGCGGCGUUCCAGGGAGGAUGGUUCCAUACCGGUGACUUGGGAGUGAUCCAUCCGGAUGGUUACAUCCAGCUGCGCGACCGAUCCAAGGAUAUCAUCAUCUCGGGUGGCGAGAACAUCAGUAGCAUCGAGGUGGAGUCGGUUCUCUACGGCCAUCCGGAAGUUCUUGAGGCGGCUGUGGUCGCUCGGCCCGACGAUUUCUGGGGGGAGACGCCCUGUGCAUUCGUGACGCUCAAGGACAUUGGUGGUGCGACCAGCGCUCGAGGGAUCAUCGAUUACUGCCGGGCUCGGAUGCCCCACUUCAUGGUUCCUCGAUCCGUGGUGUUUGGAGAGCUUCCAAAGACGUCCACUGGUAAGGUCCAAAAGUUCUUGCUCCGAGACAGGGCCAGAGCCAUGGGAAGCCUCAAAGCUCCCAGCAAGCUUUGAUACUAAUUAUGUUUAGUAAGAUGGUAGUAAUAUAAGAAAGCAUUGAUCAAGCAGAAUUCUAAUA